AUGACCCUCGUCGUUCCCUGCCUGCCAUUUCACACGCCCAUGCUUCUCUUCGAUUUGCUUCCACGGCCCAUGUGUUAUGUGAGUCACGGCACCCGCCCCGCUAGUUUCUCCCUUCUGUGCGACCUCUCUGCCGCUCUCUUCCGUGAUUCCACCAACAGCCCCUCCUCCUCCCCCAGCCUUCCCCUCUCCACCUCACCCGCUCCUCCGCCCACCACUGAUGCUGCCCUGUUGGCAGCAUCAUGUGCAGCACACGAGUCACUGCUGCCGCCCUCCUCUGCUCCCUCGCCCCUCUCCUACGCCCCCUCCUGCCCUCCUCCGCCUCUUCCCCCCUGGCCCCAUCAUCCAUGCAACCCACACCUACACCCGUGCCGCUCGCCACCGCCCCUCCUGUAUGCAAGCCCCUGA